AUGUCUCUUAGCGAUUCUACAAGUGAGGCAGUUCGGAUUCCCCCCUCUCCCCCUCCCAUUCCUUCCUUCUCCACUUUGCCUGCCUGCUCUGCGUCUCCACCCCCCCCCCAGUCGCCCCUGUCGGUGCCCAUGGAGGUGAGCGUGGUGCUGGUGGGGCUGGACGGCGACGGCGCGUACCGUGUGGACGUGGAGGGCGAGCACGUGGAGUACCUGCUGCACCACGGCUUCAGCUACCACCGCCCCGCCUGCUGGGAGACCAAACGCGAGAUGCUCGUGCAGCACGAGCUCAGUUACAACGUGGUUAAGGCAUCGGAGGAGAGCCUGGUCUCGCUGGAGAAGGCCGUUCGGUCCAAUCUGAAGCUCGCACCCGGCUCUGCUGCUGCUGGUAGCAACACCACGUUGUACACAGUGGAGGCCACGAGCAUAGAGCCGACGUUCGACCGCAUGUACUCGGACCUCUUUGAGCAACCUGCAGAGGGCGAGGGCGAGGAGGGGGGCAGCGCGGGCGAGAACCAGCCGCACAAGGCCAUUGCUGUCUUCCUGUGUAACCUCGACAAGACGCGCAUGGACCCCUCACGCCCACCGCCCUCAGGCCCGGCCACUUCGGCCUUGACUGAGCAGCAGGUGCAGGAGCAGGAGGGCGGGUACACAUAUGCGUACUCGUACCACGGCGCAGGGCACGCACAGACGUGGCUCUCACAUGCCAGAUACGUGGUAAUAGACCUCUCCGCAGGGCCAGUCAUGUUCGGCCAUCUGGGCGAGGCAGAGGGCGCAGUGGUCCCAGGCACCGUCCCUCGCGUGCGCUCCAUGUUCCUGCCCGACCAACCCACUCUCUCCUCCUCCUCCUCAACCGCUGCCGCUGCUGCCGCCGCCGCCGCUGCUGGCAAUGCUGGUGGUGCGGCUGCGGCUGCAGUGGCAGCGGCAGCAGCGGCGUCGCUGCACGGGGCAGGGAAGCCGCAGAGCAAGGAGUUCUUCUCGGGUGCGCUGGCGGAUGUCGUGUCGUCUGCAGUGGAGCACCUCUUCUCACCUGACGUCCGAUUUUUGAACGUGGACGUGAGUCACAGGGUGCUGGUGGCGGUGAUAGUGCUAUCCAACCACCGCCACUUCAACCCCCUCGCACCGGGCCACGCCCAUUCCAUCAACCUGCACCAGCUUGAAGCACAGAUCACGGGCAUGCUAGCCCCAGGGCAGGAGGUGGUGCUGGUGAACGGGUGGCACUCGCUGCACGACCACGAGCGGCUGGCCAUGGCAGUGGAGAAGUCCAUCCGCCACCACUCCGUGCUGCUCACUCAUGCCGAUGGCUCCACCUCGCAUGGGACCACGAGCUUCCUUGAUGCGCCCUACCUGCUGCACCAAUUCCACGAGUCAGCUGACAUGCUCGCGUCUGCUCUGCUAGAGGCAGCGCACCCUGCUCUCUCCGCCUCGCUCUUCCUUGAAGACCCGGCAGCAGCAGUGGAGGCGGCGGACGAGGCAGCGAGUGCGAGCGAGGAGGACAGUGUGGUGCGCACAUCCCCGCCGUCCCCCUCCAAGGCGCCGCCGCGCCGCACGAUACUGCCGGUGAAGCGGUCGUGGGACGCGCACGUGGGGCUGAAGGACCGCACCAAGAGCACUGCUCGCCGUGCCGUGGACGCGGAGCUGGCUAGAGAGCACGGCACACGCGUGCUGCCUGUCUUUGUGCUGUCACUGGCGGGCAUAGAGGGGCAGCUGACGAUGGCGGAUGAGGGGGGGCAGGGUGCAGGGCAGCAGGUGUAUGCGGCACCGGACGCCGUGCUGGUGCUGCAGACAGCAGAGAACACCACCGUGCGCACGCGGUUCGUGUCAGAGGGCCAGCCAGUGUUUGUGUCGCCACAGCACCUGCAGCGCCCACUCACAGCGGGCAUAGCAGCGUCACUGGGAGGACUCAAAACUCUUUCCCGUCGCCUCUGCGUGUAUGCCUGUACAUGCGUGCUUGUGCACGCGUCUGCGUUUGGUGCGCAUUCUCCUGCAUGCAUACCCACCCACACACACGCACACAUGCAACACCAGGUGCACAGGCAGCGGAGCAUGCGGCGCAGCUGGGUGUGGGCGGUGGGGCACCACCCGUUCGGGCCGGUGUCGAAUACGUCGUCUCUGAGCUUGCUGCUGAGGGACAGCAUCCUCAUGAACGCCGUGUACUCGCGCGUUGACAUCUCCCUGCGCUCCCUGCACCGCUGCAUCCAGGUGAUAGGGUUAGGGGGCCACCACCUGCUGAGCUUGCUGCUGAAGGACAGCAUUCUCAUGAACGCCGUGUACUCGCGCGUUGACAUCUCCCUGCGCUCCCUGCACCGCUGCAUCCAGGCCAUAGAGGACUUCUCCAACACGUACCUGUUUGCAGCGCUAGGCAACGAGGUGUACCACCCCACGCACUCCGACACGCACGGCAGCAGCAACAGCACGGGCAGCAGUCUCAAAGCCGUGCUCAAGGCGCUGGAGUCGAUCUAUUCAGACCCGGCGCGGUCCUCGCUGCCCAUACCGCACUCUGUGGUGGAGCGACUCACACACAGCCUCAAGGAGGCGGAGGAGCAUCUAUCGAAGCUGAGCUCGCACCUGUACGAGCACGAGCUGGCCGACGCACACCACCUCUCGCGCUCCCUCUUGCACUUCACCCAUGGCUUCCACCACUACGUGGAGGAGGAGCUAUCACACGCACACGAGGCGAUGCGGUGCUGCCGCAUAGAGCACCGCUUCCCCUCGCGCACGGCGGGCGCUCUGCUGUACGGCUCCAUCCUGCUGGCGGGCUUUGCCGUGUACUUCCUCGUCAUCUUCUUCUCUGCUGCUGAGCACUGA